UUUCGGCGGUUAGAACCGCCGAUAUAUUCUUUUAAUAAUUAAAGAAAAACUUGGUUUAUGCAAACCUAGCUUAGCAAGUAGAGUGCACCAGAGUAAGUUUUCUCCUCCGGCGAUGCCUCUUCAGAGUUCACAGCUUCCAUUGAUGCGAUCUGCGUUCUCACUUCUAGAUUUUUAUAUCUGUUGCGGCAUGGAAGCCCGACGCAGAGGUUUUAGAUCGAAUGCUCCAGAUGAAAGAGUGAUUAGUGUUGCUGCGUACGAGAAAGUGUGAGUGAUGUGAAUGAUGAACCCUAAUCUCUUGUCGCCCUUCAUCUUCCGCAGCUAUCGUUCAUCUUGUCGUUGUUUCUCAUCCCCUCGCGCCACCAAAUUAGAUCUGCCAAAAUUUUUGACGGCCUCUUUGAUUGGGAAUUCAUCGUGAAAUGUUUAUCUCCUUUUGUUUUUUAGCAAAUUGUUGAUUAAACAAUCAAGGAAUCAGAUCAAUGUGAUAAGGAGAAAGAGAAAUUCAGCAAAGAAGUUUCUUAAGCGAGACACCAUUGAUCUGCUUGCGAAUCAUUUACAGUAUUGAAACUGUUCAAGUGGAUUUGGCAUGUUAUCACACAAGGCUGUGCACCUGAUUCAAGGCAUAAACGAGCAAAAGGCAAGGUUUCUGAUUCACAAUGCUUAAUUGCUCAGAUAAUUGUUGUUGCUGGAUUAAUUUCUAUAUUUUAAAAUAUGAACUGGUUGUCUUUCACAUAGUCCAGCUAAGAAAGCCUAUGUUACUGAUUAAGAACUAAGAACACUAUUCCAUUUAAUUGUAGCGAAGGAGAGAAAAUCCUAAUGAACCAGGUUCAUAGUAUCUUCUGUAGCAGCAAUGCCCUCUGGAUCCCUUGUCACAACAAGGAAGGUAUCAACUUGGCCUCCUUUCUCUCUGAGAAUAAAGCAAACAGCUGAAAUUUGAUGGGUUUAGAAGGAUCGAAACAAUGAAGUUUUGAAUGCAAGUGAACCUUGGAGCAAGAAAAAGGGAUAGGAACAAUUUUGGAGGUUUUGGGUGUUUGAUUCUGGAUAAUCUAGCUAAUUGGUUACUCGGUUGCUCAGACCCCAUUCCUGAAAAUAACAUCCUUAGAUUCCAUGAAAGGAUACUUAGGAUAUAUGAUGACUUUGUCUGGCCUUUGAAUCUUUCUUCCUUAGCAAGUGAGAAUAAAUUUUUGGCAGUAAAGCUAAAGCAGGCGGCAAAUGGUAUUUUUCUAGAAUCUAAUGCUUCGUCGGUGAAUGACUAUGAGGUAAUCCAAAAAACGUUGAGAAGUGCAAGCAUACUGUCAUUCACAUUCAGAGAAGUAGUGGAAGAUGUGGAGCUUCAAGAUUACUACAUUCCCAAAGGCUGGAAAGUCCUUCCACUCUUCAAAGCAUUCACCAUUCUGCUGAUUUCUUCCCUCAACCACACAAAUUCGACCACUCACGCUUCGAGAUGGCAAAAUUUUGGCGGAAGAUAUUUUGAAUUUGGGGAGCUAGAAAGAAGAUACACAGGAAGAAACAAGAUCAUAAUAUUAUGUUAUUUUUCUUACUUUCAAGGUAUUAGCUAAGUUAGUUACCUUGUUUUAUGUAUGAGAUAUAUCUGACACUGUUAAAAAUUGGAGCCAAUCUAAGUGAAAACAUUUAGAAUUAAAAAAUUAUGUUAUAUUUUAUAU